GCGAAGUAAACAGAAGCUCGAUAUCUGGUCCGCAGCGUCCGGUUCUCGUACUUUUUCUGAGACAAAAGGCGACCCGGUGUCCAUGCAGCGCUGUGUGCGGAAUCACGGCAUAGUAGUUCAUUAUUGGUGCAGGAAACCAUCUUAAAUUCGCCUUGGCAUUGCGGCUGUGAGCGCAUUGGCGACCGGUUCCAUCCGGUUCUUGGCGCCUGCGCAGUAAGCCCCCACAUAAAAGGAAGAGCCAAGAGAGGCGACUGCACGGCACCGGUUUGAGCUGCCCCCCAACACAGUCUCUUGACGGGUCAUUAAGUGACAGCUGCGAGUAUGGUACAGAAGGACGGCCAGGCGACAGCCGCCACCUCUGAAGCAGACAAAGAGCCCGGACCCGCCACCCUGGCCGCUGAAUUGACCCCCCCAGCUACGGCGGGGGAAGAUACCGACACGGAGACAGAGACGUCGUGUCCCCACAGGUUCCUGUGCGGAGUUGUGGAGGGGUUCUAUGGAAGACCAUGGACCAUGGAGCAAAGAAAGGAGCUUUUUAGAAGGCUUCAGAAGUGGGGUAUUAACACAUAUCUGUAUGCACCAAAAGAUGAUUACAAGCACAGAAUGUUUUGGAGAGAAAUGUACUCUGUAGAAGAAGCAGAUCAGCUUAUGACCCUGAUAUCCGCAGCGCAGGAAUUUGGCAUUGAGUUUAUCUAUGCCAUAUCACCUGGCCUUGAUAUAACAUUUUCAAACCAAAAAGAGGUGUCCACAUUAAAGCGCAAGUUGGAUCAGGUCUCUCAGUUUGGAUGCAGAUCCUUUGCACUGCUCUUUGAUGAUAUUGAUCACAAUAUGUGCCCGGCGGACAAAGAGGUUUUUAGUUCUUUUGCUCAUGCACAGAUUGCGAUAACCAACGAAAUUUUUCAAUACCUGAGCGAACCAGAGACCUUUUUGUUUUGUCCAACAGAAUAUUGUGGUACGUUCUGCUACCCAAAUGCUGCUCAGUCCCCAUAUCUGCAUACUGUUGGUGAGAAGUUGCUGCCUGGAAUAGAUGUCCUCUGGACAGGUCCCAAAGUUGUAUCCAAAGACAUUCCAGUGGAGACUAUUGAAGAAGUCACCAAGAUUCUAAAAAGAUCUCCAGUGAUAUGGGACAAUAUACAUGCAAAUGAUUAUGAUCAAAAGAGACUGUUUCUUGGCCCAUAUAAAGGUCGCUCUACUGAGCUGAUCCCAAGGCUUCGGGGAGUCCUAACUAACCCAAAUUGUGAAUUUGAAUCAAAUUUUGUUGCAAUUCACACCUUAGCUACGUGGUAUAAGUCCAACAUGAAUGGAGUAAGAAAAGAUGUGAUUAUGACUGACACUGAAGAUAGCACUGUGUCUAUUCAGAUUAAGCUGGAGAAUGAAGGAAGUGAUGAAGACAUUGAGACUGAUAUAUUAUAUAGUCCUCAAAUGGCUUUAAAAUUGGCUUUAACAGAAUGGCUUCAAGAAUUUGGGGUUCCGCUUCAGUAUAGUAGUCGGCAAGUUGCCCAGAGUGGAGCCAAAGCAAGUGUUAUCGGAAUGGCGCCAUUAGUUUCUGCACCAACCCUCAUUGCUGCAACCACUGUCACAACCGUUUACCAACAACCUAUUAUGAGCCAAGGGGCCCCAUUGAGUGCUGAACCCCCAAUGUUGCCAAAGGAAGAAGAGAAAAAACAGCCUGAAGAGGAACCAAUGGAUAUGGUGGUAGAAAAACUAGAAGAUGUAAAUAAAAACGUUAGUCAAAUAUUAACAGACAUUUCUGAAGCCAAAAUGUCGGAAGAGUUGAAACCAAUGGACACUGAUAAAGAGAGUGUGGCUGAACCGAAGUCUUCCGAAGCCUGCAUGCAAGAGGAUGUGUGUAACGAUAUUGCUCCUAUGCAGACGGAUGAGCAAGUUAACAAGGAACAAUUUGUCCCUGGUCCAAAUGAAAAGCCUCUUUAUACAGCUGAAGCAGUGAAUCUUGAGGAUUUACAACUACUCGCUGAUUUAUUCUACCUGCCUUAUGAACACGGGACAAAAGGUGCUCAGAUGCUAAAGGAAUUUCAGUGGCUACGUGCCAAUAGCAGUGUAGUGAGCGUGAACUGUGGAGGCAAAGAUGCUGAUAAAAUUGCAGAAUGGAGAGAUCGGGCAGAUAAAUUUGAAGAAAUGUGUAAUGUAGUGAUGACAAUGUUUACUCGCCUGUCCAACUGCCCAAACAGGACAAUCCUUUAUGACUUAUAUCCUUACGUGUGGGACAUAAAGAGCAUCAUCUCUAUGGUGAAGUCCUUUGUGCAGUGGCUCGGGUGUCGUAGUCAUUCUUCAGCACAGUUCUUAAGUGGAGACCAAGAACCCUGGGCCUUUAGAGGUGGUCUAGCAGGAGAGUUCCAGCGUUUGCUUCCAAUUGAGGGAGCAAAUGACCUCUUUUUUCAGCCUCCCCCCUUGACUCCCACUUCAAAAGUCUACACAAUUAGACCAUACUAUCCUAAAGAUGAGGCAUCAGUGUAUAAAAUUUGUAGAGAGAUGUAUGAUGAUGCAAUGGACGACCUGCCUUUUGAAAGCCAGCCUGACCUCAUUGGAGACAAGCUUGUUGGUGGACUUCUGUGUCAUAGCCUUGACUACUGUUUUGUCCUGGAAGAUGAGGAUGGUAUAUGUGGCUAUGCUGUAGGCACCGUUGACGUCACACCCUAUAUAAAAAAGUGCAAACAUUCCUGGAUUCCAUUCAUGCAGGAGAAAUAUACCAAACCUGAAGGCGACAAAGAGCUCUCUGCAGCCGAGAAAAUAAUGAUGAGUUUUCACGAAGAACAAGAAAUCCUGCCAGAUUCAUUCCUUGCAAGCUUCCCUUCGCUGAUAAAGGUCGACAUUCAUAAAAAGGUUACAGAUCCCAGUGUGGCCAAAGGAAUGAUGGCCUGUCUGCUGUCCUCUCUGAAGGCUAAUGGAUCCCGCGGUGCUUUCUGUGAAGUGAGGCCAGAUGAUAAAAGGAUCAUGGAUUUCUACAGCAAAUUGGGCUGCUUUGAAAUUGCCAAAAUGGAAGGAUUCCCUAAAGAUUUUGUCAUCCUGGGAAGGAGUCUCUGAAGACUCUGAAGCUCUAAAGACAUUUUCUAAAAAAAGAAAAAAAAAAGAAAGAAAACUGAAAGCAGGUAUAGCUGGUGAGGGUAUUUGGCAGCGAGAGAGAUGUCAUAUUUUGCCAGUGGAUCAUUGAGAGGAAACACAGAACCUCUACAAAUCCCCUUGCUAUAAAUGUGGCUUCAGGACGCUGCCAUCUUGGCUUAUAUGACAUGCUAUUGGAGGCUUGCAUGGGCUUGUUCAUUUGAAAGCCGCACCCAAGGUUCCAUAUGGAAGGAAAUGCUCCUGCUCUCUUUGAUAUCAUUUGAUGUUGCAUUACUUGUCGUUCAUUCAAUGCUUAACUCUUUUUUUUUUUCAACGUUUGGAACCAGAUAGGCGGAAGAAGAGAGAUUUCUGGGGUGCCUGUUAAUGCCAUUGUAGCUUGCACUUCUCGCAAAGAUCAUUAAGAGUAAUUAAUGAUUUCAUCCUGGGCAGUGCAUCACCCUCUGGCGGCACAAGAUUAGCAUGGAUCAUAGGCAAAAGCCUUGAAUCUCUGAUUACUGGCGCGGGACAGCGUCUGUAAAUAUUACUGUAGAAAGCCUGUAUGUACAGUCCAACGUGUUUUUCAUUUUUGUAUUAUGUUCCUUAUGAAGCAUUGGGUGAAGCAUGAUUCAUUUAGAAUUGAUGGCCGAGGAGACGGCGAGUUAUACAGUUCCGCCCGCCGCUGCUUCCUUUACAUUUCAUCCCCUAGUAGUCGAUGUUAUUUCUGCUCACGUUUCGUCAAUACUGAAAAGCCUUCAUUUCUCCUGUGCUUAUCCCAAGAAUACAUUGUGAAAGUAGGCAAAACUGUGAAUUUCUUAAAAGAUGAAUGACUUUUUGGGUUGUGAUGUAACUGGGACCCAUUCUUGCUAUAAAAAAAACCCCCGAAAUCCUGUGUUCAGGUAGCACAGCCAAUUCCAAGUGCAGUCGGCAGAAUCCACACUCCAUAGUUUCAGGGCGAGAGUUGACCCUAUUUCCAGUACUUAUUUGAAGGCAAAGUCUUAACAAUCUUCUGUUUUUAAGAUGCACAAAAUAACCUGUUAUCCCUGAUGCUCUGAUCCUUCUGUGACCUUGCUGGAGAAUCUGCUCAGGGCAAGCUGUUGGCAGUCAAAUACCUUUUAAAUGUUUACUUUGGUGACAGUUUCCCUUUAAAAGGUAUUUGAUUAAACAUUCAGAAGCGUUAAAUGCAUUUUACCAACAUCAUCAAUUACUUCCAUGACCAGUGUCCAAAUUCCUGGCUAGGGGGUGUUGUAUGAGUUUGAGGUGCCAUGUUGGACCCAUAGCAGCACCUGUCUCUAUAUUGAUAGCUCCAGGCGAUAGCACUUGCAUUAUAUUACAUUGUUAUACACUAAACCCACUAUAACACAGCCCUCUGUUCUCCAGUGUCACUAUUCCACAGCUUUGUGUUGUCAGCAGCUGUUUAACCCCUUUCUACAAAGGCCUGUAAAGUACAUUAGUGGUGUAAAAUUACAUUGCAUAUAUAUAUAUAUAACUUGGCACUACUACAGGUCCAACCCAGCACCUCCAAGUAAGCCUUCGCUUUACCCCUAACCAGCUAUGCUGAACAUAGGGAAGGGGUUAACGAAAUGGAUAUGGCUCUUGGAAGUUCAUUUCCAUGUCUUUUCUCUAUGUUCUGGAAGGGAUAUUCAAAUUGAAUUUGCUGGGUUGCACUUCAGGACAAAUAUGCUACCAUGGACCACAAGCAGUUCUACUACAGCAUUGCAUUGGUGGGGGAGCAAGAUUAAAAAUAAAGUGAUAAAUUGCCAUGGUUAGGAAUCUGAAGAUAUUUAAUUUACAAGAAAUAACUCCAGUGUAUAUCUGUGUGCAAACUGGCUUUAUACUAGUAACCAAGGGCUGUAUAGUAAGCUUAUAUACUUCACUUGCUUCUACUGAUUCUCUGAUUCAAUCCAAUGACCAUUAGAAAUGCUCAGUCAUACAAAAACAGGAAAGAAAUAGGUGUAGCUCUUUAUUCAAGGGCAUCUUGUUCCUUCCCUAAAUCUGUCUGCUUGUACCCCAAAAACAGGCCUCUAUUACACUGCCUCAGGCAACAGGUGCAAACAUGCAAAGUACCUUGUUCUUCAGUGCAGCACCCACAGUGGGUGGUGGAUGAGCAGCACUAGGCAGGUUAGAACCUUCAAGCCACAUUGUUCAUAUGUGCAAGUUGGGGGCCCACCCUGUACUUAACACCUGCCAUAGGCACCUCCCUUGUACCUGGUGGCCUAUAAGGUGCAGAGCGCAGUUUCACAGAGCAAAGUGCAAUGGGCGCAAGUUCCCAGACUUUGGACAAAUGUCACAUUUGGAUUUUUAGGGCAGCAUUGGCAAUUUGUUUCCCCCCCCCCCCCCAAAGGAUGAGGCCAAGUGUGACAUUGGCUUUGUCACUGGAUUCUGGGCAGCGGUGCCUGGACACCUUUAAAUAGGGAAGCCGUGUUUUUUUGCUUUCUGUUGUAAUGAGAGUGAGUAAGAUGUAAGGAGACGUCCAUCGGCCGGCGGAGAGCUGAAUAUGUGCCCUGCGGUUGGAUGGAAAGGUUAAAAGGUUUGCAUCCUGCAGAGAAGCACUUCCCAUUAUAGGGUUAAUAUUUAUUUUAAUCUUCAAUAUGGAAAGGAGGCACUUUUCAUUUUUGUUUGUUUCAUGUGAUAAAUUGGGGCCAUAAACCUCAGUGGUGCCUUGAUCACAACUUCAAUAUGUCAGAAGGGGGUUGACACCACAUGUUUUGGGUGGGGGUGGGGCAUCAAUAGGUUUAUUUCUUCUGUUGACCCGUUUUUUCAUUUCAUGGGCUUCCCUUAAUGAAAAUGCAGUUAUGUAGAUAGAUAACUUGGAAUGUACCAAACAUACAAAGCUUAUAGGUGGACAACAAAGUGUUAUUUAUGCAUUUGUCUAAGACUAUAUGGCUAGACUCAACUAUUUAGAAAACUAAAAAAAAAACAAAAAAACCUGAUGUUAAAGUUCCUUGCACACUUUUGUAGAAUGUAAGUUUUGUUUUUUUUAAUAAAAACUGUUCUAAAACA